AUGGCCGGACGCGUGCGCCAGCCCAUCGAUCAACGGGCUUUUGAAAAGUACCUCGUCGACAAUGUCCCCGCUGUCAAGACGCCAAUUGAGCUGAAGCAGUUUGGCUUUGGCCAGUCCAACCCGACAUACCAAGUCAUCGCCGCCGAUGGCCAGAAAUUCGUCAUGCGCAAGAAGCCCCCCGGCAAGCUCAUCUCCAAGACCGCCCACAAGGUCGAGCGCGAGUACCGCGUGCUCCACGCUCUCGAGAACACGGACGUGGCCGUGCCCAAGACAUACUGUCUCUGCGAGGACGACAGCGUGAUCGGGACGCCCUUUUACGUCAUGGAGUUUCUGGACGGGCGCAUCUUUGAGGACUUUACCAUGCCGGGCGUCAGCGCCGAGGAGAGGUCCCAGCUCUGGCGGGAGGCUGUCCGCACGCUGGCGCGCUUCCACGCCGUGGACUACAAAAAGGUCGGCCUGGAGAAGUUUGGCAAGCCCGUGGGGUUCUACAACCGACAGAUCGAGACGUGGACGACCAUUUGCUCGAAUCAAGCCAAGGCGGUCGACAUUGAGACCAAGGAGCCCGUCGGGCAGCUACCGCACUUUGAGGAGCUGGUGCGGUUCUUCAAGAACGAGAAGCUGCAGCCGCGGGAUCGAGCCACCCUCGUCCAUGGAGACUACAAGAUUGACAACCUGGUCUUUCACAAGACGGAGCCGCGCGUGAUUGGCAUCUUGGACUGGGAAAUGUCCACCGUCGGUCACCCGCUCUCCGACCUGUGCAACUUUAUGACCAACUUUUACUCCGCGCAGUACUCUGGCGCCUCCACCCACGACGCCUCGGGUUUCCUUCCCGGGCGCACGCCUGGCCUCCCCCAGCCGGACCAGAUCGUCGCGUGGUACCGCGAGGAAGCCGCGCAGGCGGCCGGCACGGGCGAGCGCUGGGACCCGACACCCGACGAGCUGGGCUGGGGCAUGGCGUUCAAUAUCUGGAAGCUCGCGGGUGUCUGCCAGGGCAUCGCGGCGCGGUACGCGGCGCGGCAGGCGAGCAGUGAGCAGGCCAAGCACCACGCCGCGACGAGGACGCCCUUGGCCAAGUUUGCCUGGGAGCUGGCGCAGAAGUCCAGGAAGGGGGAGAGUGCGAGAUACCUAGGGAGGAGUUUCAGUGGCCUCGGCCGCUACAAUGCCUGGCUGGCCCCUAGCCUAGGGCCUAGGGAUUCUGGCCGCAUGUCCGGCCGCCAGAGGCGCGUCGUGCUAGCUGCACCGACAGACGAGCGCCGCCCCUUGCUGAGCAGGCUGUACACGGAUCACGGCGAGAAUGGCGACCCCAUAUACAGCUGCAGGACGGACCCUCAUAGCCACCUGCCCGUCUACACGACGAUUCACCGGAUACGACGCGACAUUAUCAGCGUCGUCGAGGACUACAUCAGUCUGAAGCAGCUCACCGACGUCAGGAUCAACGUGACCGUGGUGAGGCCCCUCGUGGAUAAGUUCUACGAGCUGGACGACAUCUCCAUCGUGUACUGCCUGCUGGUCAACAGGGCCAACUUUCUCGACGAGCAGGCGCAUCUCACCAACAGGCAGAAUGUGAGCUGGACGCGCGCCACCCUGUGCGAGCUCAUCGCCACCCGCAUUCUCCGACGCUUUAACGAAGACCACGAGGGGAGCGAGGGCCUUUUGCUCCUGGCGCACAUCCUCGUGGCUGGAUUCGAACCCUUUCAGGGCGCACCGCCGUCCGUGCGCGAGGAGGCCGAGCGCAAGACGGCCUGGACGCACCAGAGGACGCUGCCGUCUCUCGAGGUGGCGAUCCUGACGGAGAGCAAGCACUUUCUCAGCUCGACCACGUGCCAAAAGGUCGUCAACGCCAUCUACGAGGGCCGGAUCGUGUACACACCGUCGACGAUCUGGGACAUCAUCCCCGAUCACUACAAGCUCAAGCCCAUCUCGCUGUAUGAACCGCGGGACUCGCCCCUCCUUAACCAGUACAGACUCAUCGUGCCUCGCACGCGGAAUAUCCUCGAGGCGACGCAGUUUGCGAUCCUCCUGGGGUUGUAUGUUGGUGUCAUGGUAGCUCGGGACAAGUACGAGAUCACCCUCCUCGAGUCUGUCUUUGCUGUGUACGCCUUCGGCUGGGGCCUGGAUCAGUUUGCGACUCUCCUCGCACAUGGAUGGAACGUAUACACGCAAAAUCUUUGGUCCUUCCUGGAUGUAGCGUUCAUCGUCAUCUACGUCGUAUACAUCAUACUGCGCUUCCACGGGUGGCGCAUAGACGAGCUUGGCCCGGCCGAACAAGCAUUUGACGUGCUAGCCCUGGCGGCGCCGGUUGUCAUUCCACGACUCGCCUUCACACUGCUGUCGGAUAACCUCAUAUUCCUGUCACUGCGGUCGAUGAUGGCGGAUUUCUUUGCCCUCACCGCGCUGAGUGCCUGGUGCUUCUUUGGCUUCCUGCUCGCGCUCUUGUGGCUGGGCGAGGGCGCACAUCCUUGGGUGACGAUAUCGGAAUGGAUGAUAUACAUAUGGUUUGGGUUGGACGGCACUGGUAUCCGGCGCUCUUCUGAGUUCCACAAGAUUUUGGGGCCGAGCCUCAUGGUGGCCUUUGCCUUCCUGGGCAACACCCUCUUCCUGACCAUUCUUGUAUCAAUGUUGUCGAAUACGUUCAGCAACAUAUCCUCCAAUGCCGUGGCCGAGAUGCAGUUCCGCAAAGCUGUCCUCACCCUGGAAGGCGUCAAGGCCGAUGCCGUCUUUGCGUACCAGCCGCCCUUCAACAUCCUGGCCGUCUUCGUUCUCCUGCCACUCAAGUUUGUGGUCAGUCCGCGCUGGUUCCACAAGAUCCACGUAGCUACCGUCAAGGCUAUCAACCUCCCGGUGCUGCUCGUCAUUGCCGUGGCGGAGCGGCGUUUGCUGUGGCCCAGUCGAGGCAAAAGGGGGACAUCCGACAAGUCCAUAUUCCGCAAGGUGUGGAACCUGUCCGGCAAGGAGAGUCUCAAGGCGGUUUUUCAGCUCGCUCCGCCAGAGGAUGUGUUUGAGGAUAUUGCUGUGGACGACGACAUGACGCGGCAUCUCAUCCGCCGACAGUUCACCCGCCAAACGACGAGCGAGCACAGCAAUGACGUUCCAAAGGGGCAGACCCCUUCUAGACGAGAUUCGACAUUCCCGGGGAUACGAAGAAAGCUUCGGGGCUCGUUUGCGGAGACGGAAGACUUCGACGGGGUUGCCACUCGCUUGGACGGCAUGGAGAAGUCCAUCGCUCGGAUGGAGGCGCUGAUAACCAAGAUGCUCCCGCCAGGUGAGGUUGCGUCUGAUGAUCACGACGACGAUUCAACGGGGGAGGGUAGCAGUACCCUGAGGGAUACAGCAGGGUUCUCGGUGGAAGACUCGUUCAAGGGUGUCACACAGACCGGGGAGGUUGAUUCGUGA